CUCUCUCUCUCUCUCUCUCUAUGAGCAGCCAUAGCUAGAAAGUGGGAGCAGUUGUUCGAAGGUCAAGCAAAGAUGGAAGAUUAUUCUCUCUCUCCUCUCUCUUUCUCUCUCUAAAAUUUUUCAAUAAUCCACCAUGGCUGUGAUCACGAAGAAUCAGCUUCAUCACUUCUUCAACUCUAUCUCUCUCUCUCCUCCAUUUUAUAAGCUUCCUCAACUGGGAAUGAACUGGCGGGAAUUUGAUUCGACCUCGCCGUGUUUGUGCGAGUUCAUUAGCAUAGGAGUGCAAUUAGGGUUCGUUGGAUUCUUGUGCUUUCGAAUUCUUCAGAAACUUGUUGGUUGGAUAUGGGAUUCUUACAAUGGAGGGAGAAAAUCGACGGAUCGUGCUGCAGAAAACUGCCGGAUCAGUCGGAAAUUGAGCGUUUCUUACAGAGCCAGUGUAGGUUGCUCCUUCUUACUGUUGGCGGUUCAUGUUCUUAUUGUGUUUUCCUUGCAAAAUGGAGAUGGUGGUUCUUAUUGCGAUUCGAGAAUCGGAGUUUUUUCUUCGGAGAUAAUGCAAGUGAUAGCGUGGGGAGGAGCAAUUCUUGUAGUUUGUAGAAUUCUUCGCGAUAAAUUUGUCAAGUAUCCUUGGAUUCUACGAGGGUGGUGGUUUUGCAGCUUCGGUUUGUCGAUUCUUCGUCUGGCUUAUGAUGUGUAUUUCGGAAAUGUCAAUCACUUGAGAGUGCAAGAUUAUGCCGAUUUUUUCUGCCUUCUUCCAUCGAUUUUCCUGUUUGGGAUUUCAAUCUAUGGGAAAACAGACAUUGUUUUCAAUGCUCAUAAUGGCUUGGAUGACCCGCUGCUCCCGGGAAAAUUCUCAGAACAAAAGGGAGGUGAGAGGAAUUCUCCUUAUGGAAGGGCAACGCUUGUUCAACUUGUUACCUUCUCGUGGCUCAAUCCCCUCUUCGCUAUUGGAUUCAAGACUCCUUUGGAACAGGAGGACAUUCCAGAUGUUUGUAGAAUUGAUUCUGCGAAAUUUUUAUCACAUUCCUUCGAAGAAACCCUAAAUUUUGUAAGGAAGAAGAACAAUAGCACAAACCCAUCAAUCUACGAGACAAUAUAUUUGUUUGGUAGAAAGAAAGCAGCGAUAAAUGCUUGUUUUGCGGUAGUAAGUGCUGCAACAUCAUAUGUUGGACCAUACCUUAUUAACGACUUUGUAAAUUUCCUCACUCAGAAGAAAAUGCGUACCUUAUCAAGCGGGUAUCUUCUUGCACUUGCCUUUGUUAGUGCAAAGAUGAUCGAGACGAUAGCUCAGAGACAGUGGAUUUUCGGAGCACGCCAACUGGGUCUUCGCCUCCGAGCUGCUUUGAUAUCUCACAUAUACAAGAAGGGCCUGCGUCUGUCAAGCCAAUCUCGCCAAAGCUGCAGCAGUGGGGAGAUCAUGAACUACAUGAGUGUUGAUAUCCAAAGAAUCACAGACUUCAUUUGGUACUUGAACACCAUAUGGAUGUUGCCCGUACAAAUUUCAUUAGCCAUCUACAUUUUGCAUACAAAUCUUGGAUUGGGGUCAUUGGGUGCAUUAGGAGCAACUCUAGUAGUAAUGUCCUGCAACAUACCAAUGACCAGAGUUCAGAAAAGUUACCAGACCAAGAUAAUGGAAGCUAAAGAUAAUAGGAUGAAAACCACUUCAGAAGUUCUCAGAAACAUGAGGACACUCAAACUUCAAGCAUGGGAUACUCAGUACCUCGAAAAGCUUGUUAGCUUAAGGAAAUUGGAACAUCACUGGCUAUGGAAGUCGUUGAGAUUAUCAGCAAUUUCAGCUUUUGUUUUUUGGGGAGCGCCCACCUUUAUCUCUGUUGUGACAUUCGGGGUGUGUAUCUUACUGGGGAUUGAAUUGACUUCUGGAAGAGUCUUAUCUGCUUUGGCUACCUUCCGUAUGUUACAAGACCCCAUAUUCAAUCUGCCCGACUUGCUCUCUGCCCUUGCACAAGGCAAAGUCUCAGCGGAUAGAGUUUCUUCAUACCUCCAUGAAGAUGAAAUACAGCAGGAUUCCAUCAAUUAUGUUUCUAGGGAUCAAACAGAAUUUGAUAUAGAGAUUGAAAAUGGAAAAUUCAGUUGGGACCCUGAAUCAAGCAGGGCGUCUCUUGAUCAGAUAAACUUGAAAGUGAAAAGAGGGAUGAAGGUGGCAGUAUGUGGGACUGUAGGUUCGGGGAAGUCCAGCCUGCUCUCAUGCAUACUUGGUGAAAUUGAAAAGCUAUCUGGAACAGUGAAGAUCAGUGGCACGAAGGCCUAUGUUCCUCAGUCUCCUUGGAUACUGUCAGGAAAUAUCAGGGAGAAUAUUCUUUUCGGAAAUGAAUAUGAAAGUACCAAAUAUAACAGAACCAUUAAUGCAUGUGCUCUGACAAAAGAUUUUGAGUUGUUUUCUUGUGGAGACCUGACUGAAAUUGGAGAAAGAGGGAUAAAUAUGAGUGGGGGACAGAAGCAGAGGAUACAAAUUGCUCGAGCAGUUUAUCAGGAUGCCGAUAUUUACCUCCUUGAUGAUCCUUUCAGUGCAGUUGAUGCUCAUACAGGAACCCAACUCUUCGAGGAUUGUCUGAUGGGUGCGCUCAAGGGAAAGACCAUCAUUUAUGUAACCCACCAAGUUGAAUUUCUACCGGCCGCAGACCUCAUCCUGGUGAUGCAACAUGGAAAAAUUGCACAAGCUGGAGGAUUUGAAGAACUUUUGAAACAAAACAUAGGGUUUGAGGUUUUAGUUGGGGCUCAUAGUCAAGCUUUAGAGUCGAUCCUCACAGUUGAAAACUCAAGUAGAAUACCUCAACUGCCAAAUCCUGAAAAAGAGUUGAAUAAAGAUUCCAUCAUGAAUGUGAAGCCUAAAAGCUCACAACAUAAUUUAGUGCAGAAUAAUAAUUCUGCAGAGAUAACAGAGAAGGGAGGAAAAUUGGUUCAAGAGGAAGAGAGAGAAAGAGGAAGCAUUGGUAAAGAAGUGUACUGGUCUUAUUUAACCACAGUGAAAGGAGGAGCAAUUGUUCCAAUCAUAAUCUUAGCGCAAUCAUCAUUCCAAGCUCUACAGAUAGCUAGUAACUAUUGGAUGGCAUGGGUUUGUCCUCCUACAAGCGACGGAGAACCAGAAGUUGGGAUGAACAUCGUACUACUUGUUUAUUCACUACUUGCUGUUGGAAGUUCACUAUGUGUGCUGCUGCGAGCUAUACUAGUAGCCAUAACAGGACUUCAAACAGCACAUAAGCUCUUCACAAAUAUGUUAUGUAGUAUACUUCGGGCACCAAUGGCCUUCUUUGACUCAACUCCAACCGGAAGAAUUAUAAACCGGGCAUCCACUGACCAGAGUGUUCUAGACCUGGAAAUGGCCAUGAGGUUAGGUUGGUGUGCAUUCUCUAUAAUCCAGAUUAUAGGGACCAUUGUAGUAAUAUCGCAGGUAGCAUGGGAAGUGUUUGCUAUUUUUGUUCCUAUUUCUGCAGCCUGCAUCUGGUACCAACAAUAUUACACACCUACGGCACGAGAACUUGCUAGGUUAUCUGGGAUACAAAGAGCUCCAAUCCUCCACCACUUUUCAGAAUCCCUAGCAGGAGCAGCAACUAUCCGUGCUUUCAAUCAAGAAGACAGAUUUUUCAAAACUAACCUUGGUCUUAUAGAUGAUCAUUCAAGGCCGUGGUUUCAUAAUGUUGCAGCAAUGGAGUGGAUUUCCUUCAGACUGAACAUACUAUCAAAUUUUGUUUUUGGAUUUUUAUUGGUUUUGCUGGUAACUCUCCCGGAAGGAAUUAUUGAUCCAAGUAUUGCAGGCUUGGCAGUAACGUAUGGGAUAAACUUGAAUGUUCUGCAAGCUUCAGUCAUAUGGAACAUAUGCAACGCACAGAAUAAAAUCAUUUCAGUUGAAAGAGUUCUUCAGUACUCGAACAUAAAAAGUGAAGCACCUCUUGUUAUUGAAAAUUGCAGACCACCAAGCAACUGGCCACAAGAUGGGAGGAUUUGCUUCAAAAAUUUGCAGAUCCGUUAUGCAGACCAUCUCCCGGACGUCCUGAAAAACAUCAGCUGCACCUUCCCAGGAAGGAAGAAAGUGGGUGUUGUAGGAAGAACAGGUAGCGGGAAAUCGACUCUCAUACAGGCAAUUUUUAGGAUUGUUGAACCUAAAGACGGAAGCAUUAUAAUAGACGAGGUUGACAUUUGCAAGAUAGGCCUUCAUGACCUGAGAUCAAGGCUAAGCAUCAUCCCUCAAGACCCCUCCAUGUUUGAAGGAACAGUUAGAGGAAACCUCGACCCACUAGAACGGUAUACGGAUCAAGAAAUUUGGGAGGCCUUAGACAAAUGUCAACUAGGCGAUUUGGUGCGUGCAAAAGACGAGAAGUUGAAUUCUUCAGUGGUCGAAAAUGGAGAAAAUUGGAGUGUGGGUCAACGGCAGCUAUUUUGUCUUGGAAGGGCAUUGCUCAAGAAGAGCAGCAUUCUGGUGCUCGAUGAAGCGACCGCCUCAGUCGAUUCUGCAACUGAUGGCAUCAUACAAAACAUCAUUAGCCACGAGUUUAAAGAUCGAACAGUGGUUACCAUAGCUCAUAGAAUCCACACAGUUAUAGAUAGUGAUCUUGUUUUGGUCCUCAGUGAUGGAAGAGUUGCAGAGUUCGACUCACCGAGAAAGCUUCUCGAAAGAGACGAUUCGUUCUUCUCUAAGCUAAUAAAAGAGUACUCCAUGAGAUCUCAAAACUUCAAUAGUUUGGCAAAUCAAAUGUAUGAAUAGAGCUUCUUCUGUGCAGCUCUCAGAGGCAGAUUGUGGGAGAAGCAAUAUAAGAAGCAAAAAACUAGCAGUGAGAGCAUUCAAUAAGCAAAAAUCUUCACUGAAUUGUAACCCUUAAGGUUGCUGAAUAGGGAAUUGGAAUUUUUUGAGAAAAGUUUAGUAGGAAAAAGAAUAAUUUGAAGUCUUUUUAAGAUUCUCAAGAUUUCAUUUGAACUCUGGAAGUAAUUGGAGCAUUGUUUCCACUACUCUUGCUGAUUACAGGCUUGUAAUUUAUGAUCCUCCUGAAAACUAACUAAGGUUUAUCAUAUUUUUAUAUCUAUUCAGCUAAA